AUGCCUCCAUUCAGUUAUGCUAGCUUACCUCCACUCGAUUCGAGCACUAUUCGCCUACUUUCUCUUGUGCCCAGUAGAAACGAAACCGCUGCUCUACAAGGCCAACUUCACAACUAUUCUCUCCAAGACUCGGACAAGGAAACUCAUUUAUACGAAGCUUUGUCGUACGUAUGGGGUGGCAUCGAUGAUCCUCCACAUUCUAUCUAUAUAAAUGGAAACUCUCUGUCUAUCACAGCGAAUCUGCAUGCAGCCUUGCUACGUCUUCGAAAUCACACUCUUGAACGAGUCAUGUGGGUAGAUGCUCUCUGCAUCAACCAGCAAGAUGAUCAAGAGAAAGGUCUCCAGAUUCAAUUGAUGCCGAGGAUCUAUGGCCAAGCAGCCCAGGUCAUUGUUUAUCUCGGAGAAGCUGCGGAUGACAGUGAUAUGGCUCUUGAGAGCAUAAGAGUUGCAGCAGAUGAUGAGAACGAAAAGCCGGGAAAUUCGUUGGCCAGCAAAAGGAGCCAAGAGUCAAUUCUCAGCUUGCUUAAAAGACCAUGGUUUCAGCGCAUCUGGGUUCUCCAGGAGGUUGGCUUGGCUCGAAGUAUCCUGAUCAUCUGUGGUUCAGUGGAGAUGAACGGGUAUACGUUCUGCUCGGGUAUUAGCAAACUGGAAAGUUUACUCAAAAUUUAUGCGGAUUUACAAAGUUUGAUCCGUCCAACGAUCCACUUGAUAAGAGGAUCGAUUUUUCGUCCAAAGUACAAGUCGAGUUCACUAGGUGAACUCUCUCUAGCUGAGCUGAUCGAUAUGUAUCAUAACCACAAGGCCACAGUACGUCACGAUAAGGUGUAUGCCUUACUUGGCAUGUGCUCUGAUCAUUUGAGCUCGACUGGCUUAUUACCCGAUUACACGAUUCCAUGGGAGACACUUUUUCGACGGCUUGUCAACUUCAUCCUUCAUCAAAGUAUGUCUAUAGAGGCUUGGGAUGACAGGGAAACAGCGGUAAUCAAGAGUAGUGGUUAUGUUCUAGGACAUGUAUCUUCGGUAAGGAAUGCCAUAAAUCGAUAUCCGGGCCAGUACAUAGAAGUUACAUUCAACAACAGACCAAUAUCUUUUCAGUACUACAAGAAUUAUGGGGCACAUUGGAUACUCCAAGCUUCUGCACAACCCAUUCGACAAAAUGAUAUUAUUUGCCUUCUAGAAGGAGCUUCAAACCCAACUGUUGUUAGAGCAUUCGAAGACCAUUUUGGUAUCAUCAUGAUUGCAGUCAAUCCACGCCAACAAAGACAUAAACAUAGCUCGUUUCAAUUGUCUAUGUCUCCGACACCUGAUUACUCGCAUGAAUUUCUACUUGUGUGGCAAUGGGGAUUAAUUUCGGGACAGCAUUCUUCGUUACUUCAAUUGCCACAAAUGGAGAUCAAUUCUGUAGUUCCGGACUAUUUGAAGACUAAUGCGAUCAGAGCAAUGAGAUCAUUCGAAGUGGCACUGAUUCUAAAAGACACUGGGGACCUUCUUAUGGUAGAAGUCAAGCUUAAAAAAGAUAUCGAAAAAUGGGAGAGAUUGUUUGGAAUAGACGAUAUACAUAUCUUAUCAUUAAAAGAGGUACUUGCGUCAGUAUACUGGAGCUCUAAUCGGUGGAAGAUGGCCGAAAACCUGCUUUUGGAGGUGAUAAGGGCCAGACAAUAUCUCCAAGGCAAAUGCCAUCAAGAUACUUUAAAUAGUAAAAUGAAACUUGCAAAUGCUUAUAUAGACGAAGAAGUUCUUUCUAGGCCGUCUAGAGCCGAGCAGUUGCGGGGUUUCAGGACAGAGUUGUUGGAAACAAUCAAAAGUGAUAGUCGAAUUGCAGAAGGGGUAAUGGUACAAGCAGCAGAGUACCUUGAUGAAAGAAUGUUCAAGCUUUUGCUCGGCCUCGGAAGAGAUAGUGUUCCAGUCACAAAUGAUUUAGUGAAGGCCAUAUCAAAACCCACAAGAGGCGAUGGAAAGAUGCUUAUCUUAUUGGAAGAAAGAGGAAUGGACAGCGAGAUGACAGAAGAGAUGGUACAAUUCAUCGCCAAGAAUUGUGGCCGGAAUGCAAUGAGGUCGUUGAUGCAGAAACGCAGCGCUCAUGUGAAGAUUACCAGCGAGUUGUUGAAGACGAUCGUCGAAGGACGAGAAGCUAUCGAAAAGAUGGAAUUGCUGCUCGGUGGAAAAGGCGCGGAUAUAUGUGUUGGAGCGAAUAUGGCCAUUACAGAGGAGACUGUGAUCGAAGCAGCGGGAAAUAUUUAUCACGGGGAAAAGAUUAUCAGAAACCUACUCACAAGACAAGGGGCGAGUAUAGUCAUUACAGAGGAAAUCAUGAUCACUGCAGUAGCGAAUAUACACCAAGGGGAUACCAUCAUUAGAGAGUUAUUUGCACAACAGAAAGCAAAUAUAGUCAUUACAGAGGAAGUCGUGAUUGCGACCAUAGAGGAUAUAUUUCAUGGGCCAAGAUUCAUCGAAGUGUUACUUGAAAAGCGAGGAACAUAUAUCAAUAUCACACCAGGGGUCAUGAAAGCAGUAUCAAAGAGUCAAGAAGAUUUAGCGAGUUUUCUUCAUGGAUCAGAACCGCAUAAUGCCGUAAUGAUGCAGUUACUUGAGAACCGAGGAGCAGAUAUGGACGUUACAGAGGAAAUGGUCAGGAUUAUUACAAAUGAAAUGGAUUUUCCGAAGGAAUCUCUGGCGCUAUCGGUCGAAAAGCAAGGAGAAAAAUUGAGAGUUACGGAAGGAAUGGUGAGAAUGAUUGAAGAAAAAUUUCCCGAGGAGAUCGCCCUGUUGGAGACGAUGAAGGACAACAUUCGGAGAUAUAGCAGUGGUAGUACUGGUAGCGCAGGCUAG